UGAAUCGUUGCAGAGUUAGUAGACAAAUACAAAGGAAACUGAAAAUUUAUGGGUUUUAGCCCUAAGCCCCUAAUUUAUCCAAAUUAAUUAUUAAGAUGCUUGUAUUUCAGGCCAUGAUAGCUGAUGAUUCGAAUUUUACCAAAAUCUCAAUAUAUUAUAUUGAUAUCACUUGUAAAUUGUUGGAACCCUUGCAAAAAAUUGAUGGAAGAAAGUGAAGUUGUAGGAUGCACGCAUUUUGGGUACAAUUGUUUUACCAAAGGAGUAUGAUAGUUAGAGCUUUAAUGCUUCUUGUUCUAUUGAUUUCUACUCUGCAUAGUCUUGGUGCACCUUAUCAGUUAGAUUGUUGUACUAAAGUCGGCCAUGGAAGAGUUUUAGUUUUGAUAACCAUCAAGAGCUUCAAUGCUUCUCUGAUCACAGUUGUCCAAUUGUAACGCCAUCUGCUAAGCUGGUUGUUCAAGUUAUGGAACACAUACAUUAUCUUCAUUAAAUUUAUGUACCCUUUUAACUUAUCCAAAAACAAUCUGCUGCACACCUUUUAAUUAUUAUUAUUAUUAUUAUUAUUCAAAUUAAAGUGUUAUGAAUCCCCCCAUGUUAAGAGUGCUAAAUCGAAUUCCACUGCAAUUUGUAGAUAUAAGUCCUUUGGACAUUUCUGGUUAAAACAUUAGAACAAAUAACAUUUCUUUGUGGAUGUUGAUUUAAUGCUAAGAUAAAUAACUUUAGGAAAUGAUAAUUCUGUACUAGGGCUACAUCUUACCUAAGGAUACUGGCCAAUACCCAAUCAGAAGGCAUUCAGAGCCUGAGGCGAUCCCUCCAUAGUUCCUCUGAGGAAGAUGAUGACUGGUCUGAAUUAGGCGUACCAGUAGCACAAGGUGUAGGUACACAUCUGAAAUUGAAGACAGAAAAGCCAGACCGUUUUAGGAAAGAUGAACCUAGAAAAAGAUCUUCAUCUCGCAUGUCUUUGCCUGCAGAAGGUCAGCCCAGGUCGAAGGGCGUCUCAUCAAAACUGGUUAACUCUUCACCAGCUCCUACUCUCAAGCCAGACAACCAAGUCAAUAUUUCUAGUACUCCUACCAAUAUAAAUGUUUCUAACUUCAAAAGUUCAAGCUCUAUUUCUGUUGAGAAUGUCCCUUCCACAAUCAACCUUUCCCUGUUGAAAAAGGCACUUUCAGUUUUUGGGGAGAUUUCUAAGGCUUCCAUGACUAGUAAACCAAAUGAAUUUAAUUGCUGCUAUGUCCAAUUUGAGAGUGUAGAAUCUUGCAAGAGAGCAAUUGCUGUUGGUGGAAUUAGAGUGAGCAGCUUCAUCCUACCAAUUUGUCCUCUGCGUGUCGAGGAAACUGUUACCAUUAGGAUUAGCAACGUCAGCUCAGAGACUGCUGAUUCAGCAAUACAUUCUAUAUGCGUGUCAUUUGGUCUUUUGGAGGGGCUUGUAAGGACAAAGGAGGGAUUGGUGGAUGCCUUGUUUAGUGUGGAGGACAACAAAAACGCACAAAGCAUACUUACAAAAUUGAACCACACGAGCAUGGAUGACUGCAAAUGGACAGCCUGUUUGCAUUCUAGAGACUCUGCCUCUGAAGUGAUGACCAACAAAGAUUAUACUCAGUGCAAUUUGGGGUUACAGAUCAUCAGUCAUUUGGAUGACUUGGAAGCACAAAUGUCCAUGAAGAAGGUAUAUGCAGAAGAUUUAAAGAUUCUGCAUCAUUCCUUAAUGCACCUCGAAUCUCACCCUGCGAGUAGGGAGAGAAGUUCCCAAUAUUGAUGGGAGUUAUGUAUAUCACUAUUAGGUACUCUCUGCGAUGCAAAAGCCUUCAUGAAAAUCCAGAAGAUUAUUAUCAAGAGUUAAAUACUAAUCUUGGCUGUCAAAAUCUUUGAUUUUUGAUUUUGAAAGUAUUUUAGGGAGAUCUGACGGGACAAUUAGGUUCUCACCAUGUCAUGAUCAUGAUUCCCUUGAUGGAAGAUAGAAUGUGGCAAAAUAUUGGCUUGUAUCAUUAUUAGAUAUUUUAGGGUUUCGAAGGCAUGUACUUAACUGAUAUUGACUCUUAUUAAACUUGGAUGUUGAAGUCUAUAA